CACGCGAAAGAGGCGAGUCUUCCUCUCAGUACGCCAGGGCAUCCGCUAACCAGCAGAUCCGGCGGACACAGCAGAUCAAGGGUGAGAUGAUGCGCCAAGAACAUCUCCAAGGCAUCACGCCAAAGACACAAAAGGAGAUGAUGGGAGAAGUACCACGGCUGAAUAUCGUCAAGUAGACUCUGAUACAGCUCAAAUAACAACAGAGGUUUCACCAACUCUGCCACUGGCAUGCUCUGAAACAGUGACCCCAGCUGACCCUUGACUCUGCCGACUGCUUGAAACUUGCUGCCUAUCGACUCUUCUUCUUCGGCAAUGCUUUUGUAUCCUCUUAACCACUAGAUGUACUUAUACUCUAUCCUAUCAGUUGUCUCGCUAGCAUGCGCACAACGGCCACAGUCAGCGCGAGCAGGCAUCUCUCCUCCUCGACCAGGCGCAACAGCUCCCGAUGGCAGUCUCAUUAUCGACAAUACCGUGCUCGUCGAUGGUCUACGACUCCGCUAUAAACUCUCCGUCCCACCCAGUCUCCUCGUUGGCGGUGCUAGCGCAGACCCAGCAGCAAGACCACUCGGUCUAAAUGUCCUUCUGCAUGGUGAUGGUGGUGCAUCCUUUGAGGAUUUCCCACACGCAGGCGUACGUGCUGGUCUGCUGGGCUGCGUCGUGCUUGCUCCCAACGACGCAUUGCUAUGGGGAGGGCAAUCAACGCGUGCCACACAACGCCCUGAUGGCGUUGCGCAUGCUGCUGCUGUGAAUACCUUGAUUCGCUCGGUGCUUCCGAACAUUGCUCGUUUUGAUCCUGAGCAAGUGUGGUUUACUGGUGUUUCUGGUGGAUCGUUGCUCCUCUCUGGGUUCUUUGCACCAGCCUUCAUGGCGGCUUACAAGACAGGUAUCAUGUUUCUCUGUGGCGGUCUUGCACCACCUGCACGACGUGUGACAAGUACGCUGGAUACUGCCACGUUGAGCAAGAUACGACUACACUGGCAGUCCUCGCAGAAUGAGCUCGUCUCUCUGAAGACGCAGAUUCCAGGGGCCAUUCGAUUUUUUGAGGAUGCAGCACGUACUGCUGGCGUCGAUCAAGGGGUGUUGGAUAAAUUGCAGACGGUGGAUGCCACACCAACAGGGAGCCAUUGUGCAUUUGAUAAUCGUGGGUUCAAUAGUGGCAUUGCCAAGAUGAUGGAGGAGGAGACGUGGUCGCGGAUCAUGUUUCGCUCGGAGACGGCUGCCUCUGUGGGUGUGACGGGACGCGAGGAUCCGUUCAGGCGGCAGCAGAGGUAAGGACUGCUACUAAGACUACUAAGGAGAGGACUCAGAGAAGUAUAUCUCAUCCAUCUGAUCGCAUAUGAGGCGACAUCAGAUUAGAUCUACUGCUACACGACCUCGAGGCACACUUGGACAGGUUAGAGGUACGUGUAUUCUUAUU